UACUUCUCAAUGUACUACAAAAGAGUCUCUCGUAAUCUUCUAUAUGCGUCUAUUAGAAAAUUUAAAAAAAUGAAGAUUUCUAUACUUUUCAUGUGCCUGCUAGCCGUAGCUUAUGCAACAGAAUCAGCAAUUCAUAACCAUAAAUUGUUUUGUCGUGAUUUGGAAUACUGUUCGAAGGAAUUGCGAACGUGCAGAGAUGUACCGUGCACUGUCUUGAUAGAUGUUCACGUAUGGUAUUGUAUACUGAAAGAAGCUGGCGUGAUUAAACAAAAUCAAAUAAUCAGAGAAGAAGGUAUUAAAUAUUGCAUGUCUAUUUUGGAUAAAAAGGAUUGGAAUAUUUGUCACACAAAAGUUGUGGACUGCCUAGAUAAUGAAUAUAGAAAGCUAGGAUCCAACAUAAAGGAGAACGACAAAGCCUACUGUCAGAUAACAUGUAUUAUACUAAAGGGUGUGGUGGAUAAGAUUAAGCAAUGUAACAUAAAGAAGAAUGAAUAAAAAAAAUUAUUUGCCAAAAAUAUUAACAUCACUAAUCAUAUAAUUUUAACUUUAUACAAAUAUUGUGUAUGAAAUAAUUAUUUGUACAUUUACUCUACGGUGUCUCUGUAAUUAUCGUAGUUAUUAAAUUAGAAUCAAUAUGUUGCACUAACAAUAAAACAUCAUGCAUAAU